UAUGACUAUUGCUUCUGCUGAAACCUAAAAAAACUAAUUUACUUGCCCUUAAUAGAAGCUAUUGAUGUUUCACUUCUGUAAAAUAUAUUUUUGUUUAUGUUUGCUCACGAAAUGUUCAUAUGUUCGAUGUUCCGAAGUCUAAAUAAAAAAUAAUGAAAGAAAUAUCCGUCAAUGUAUUUUUUUGAUUGUGACACCAAGGUAAUAAAACAGAUUGCUUCAGGAUGGGCGAUGCUAGUGUGGCAGCUCCUACAGAUUUCAUUACCCGAUUCCACAAUCUAGAAGGCGAUUUAAUAGGAGAAAGAAAGAAAAAUCUCUUCAAACUCAUUCUAGAUCUGUCAUUUUUGAAAAAUGAGGAACAACUGAAUAAUGUGGUGGAAAACCUUAAGCCCACAAAUUACUUGGAAAAUUUAUUUAGAAUAGAUAUUUUGAUUCACUUCAAGAAGACAAAGGAACUUCUAAAAAUACUUGAACAGGGUAAUGAAGUUUUCAUAAGCAAGAUUUUGAAGCAGUUUUGGUUCAUUGAUGAGGCGUUCAGGGAUAUAGAUGUCAAAAUAUUUGUUAACGAGUUUCUGCCUAGUUUGUCCUAUGCAAUACGAAUGAAGCUAAUGAAAAAAGUUGCCAAAUGUUGGAAUGAAACUCAAGUUGAUGCAUUGUUUGAUUCUUUCAGUGAAAGGUAUGGCAUAUUCUUAGCAACAACUAUUUUGCACAAGUGCAGCUCCAAAAAAAUCAGAGAAAUCCUAAACGAAAAUGAAAUCAAGCUACAACCAGCUCAAGUUAAAUAUCUUUUUGACAAAGACGAAGAGUUAUUCAAGUUUUAUUUGGACUACAUUAAUUCUUUCAAUAUUUAUUAUUGUUAUCAGGAGAAGAAAGUCUUGAACUACGUAGCUCUGAAAAACCCAGAGCUUCUGUUGGAGCUCCAGAAAAAUAAGAAGAUUCAUGUUUCGGGUUUGGGAAGAAGAACCAGCAAGAGAAUCAUAAAGCUUGUUAAAGAUGAUAUUCCUCGAGAUGUCAAAAACUAUGUGGAUAUCUUGAAUAACACUGUUAUUGUUAGAAAGUUAGGAGGAAGUUUUGGGAAAGUUUAUCAAGAAUUGCUUUCAAAGGAAUAUCAAGGUAAUAUCAUUCCGUAUAAUAUUCACAGCAGGAUGUUGAUUCAGUAUCCAAAGAAAACAAGAUGGAGUUUUUUUUGCGAUUCGUACUUGAAAGUUUUUCCGGGUAAUAGUGUCGAGGUCAUCCUCUCGGCAUUUGAUACUUCUUUAUUGUGUCUAAAUCCUGGCAGAGAAAUAAUCAAAAAAUGGGCUCUGAUUAAUUACAAUUUGAAUAAGGGCGACCAUUUUUUAAAAUAUUUCGAUCCGUCUGAAGCUAUUCCAAUCAUAAAAGAAAAAAUUAAUGUCACUUCUGACAUUUCAAACAGAACAUCUUUGGUCAUAUUAUUAUUGGAUUGUUGUUCUACAAAUAAUGAUUUGAACUCUCUGGAAGCAGUGCUGAAAUAUAUUUGUUUCAGGCAUCGAAAUGAAGACUGUAACUUCAGAGAAAGAUUGAUGACCCAUAUAACCUCAAAUUUCAGGCUCGAUGACUUGAACGAGAAUCAUUGGAAGUAUAUCAGUGAGCAGUUGAAAAUCGGCAGGGUAAAAGGAGAUUCACUCUUCUUGAAGAAUUCCACAAUUUUGAGAAAACAAUUAGAGUUUCUUUUCAAGAGCGGAAAAGAUCACAAAGACGCUCUGGUCGAGUAUAUUAAUGACGUCUUUGACUGGAGUGAUGACUUCAACUUGAAUUUGGAAAAUCCAUUUGUAGAAAAAGAAAUUUUAAUAGAAAUCAGUAAGACUGUGAUGGACGUCAUCAAGGGUGAAUAUGCUGUUGAUACAAUCAAGACUCUCAUAGAAAACGUCACCGAUUUCAGUAUGAAACAUGUCAAUCACUGUAUAAAAUUAACUGAAUGCCCCGUGUUGCUCCCUGUCAUUCAAUCAUGUUUUUCCAAAAAUGCAAAUUUUGAUUGUAACGAUAUCGCUGUAGUUCGAAAUGUGUUGCUAUAUAAUUUAAAAUUUCCACAAAACUCUUUCCCGAUCGAUAACUCCAGGUUUCUUGAACUGUUCGUAUUGGUUGCCAAAGAAGAAGGAAUGAGAAAUCUGUCAAUCAUCUUUCAUGAAAGGAUCCUCAGGAAGAAUCGUUCGGAAUUCGAGAAUGAAAUUUUGAAUGAAUAUUUGGAUAAAUUAUUACAUGACCACUAUAAGCGUUACAUCGUCCUCUGGUUAUUGAAGAAUGAACCUAGAAGACUGGUUCCGUAUUUCGAUAAAAUACUCGAGUUGAAAAACUCGGCAGUGGACAGUAAACUAACGAAACUUUAUUCGCACUUUGAGUUUGACAAAAAAGCAAUAAAUUUUUUUAAGAAACAAUUGGAGUUGGAAAAACGAGACGAGAGAAUAAUAAUGUUAAAUUUGGUUGUACUUCUCUCCACGGAUGAUUUUAUAGUUUUGGCCAAUACAUUUUUGCCGAAAAAGAUGAAGCUUGAUUUGGAGGAUCCAGAAAUGAUGAAAGAUUAUAAAUUGCAAUGUGAAGUAAGUAAUAAUGGGCAUAAAAAUAAAACUUUUUUUGUAAAUCCACUUCAACUUUUCAUAUUGCUUAAUUGCAUAUUGCUUUCAUAUUGCCUAAAUGAAUAUUGAUUUCAUAAUUUUAUUCAUAAGUGACGUACUGUUUUUUGUAAA